GGGCGGGCCGGAAGGAGGCGCGGAUUUGAAGGCAGCGGCGGGAGGUGGGGGGGAACGGUGUGGCGCGCGGCAGGAACCCUGGAGGUUGUGAAACACUGAAAGUCAAGUGGAAUAAGUAGAUGACUGUCAAACCUUUAUUUUGAAUUUAAUACAACAAAGAGGGAAACUGGUAGAAAAUGUCACCUGGGAAAGUUCUGCAGCCUGUACUGAAAAUGAAGGUGGAUGAACUCUUUUUGUGCUGGUUGAGUCAGCCUGCAACUCAGCUGAUACUAAAGGACUGCUUGAGAAGAAUCAAGAAUGAGGAGAAAAUGGAGAUCGGUAGUGGAGAUUCAGGAAAUGGUAAAAAUGAGAGGUUCACUAAUAAAAAUUCCAAUUCCAAGCAAUGCAUAUUAGGAGAUACCAGAUUGCCUUUGAUGUCUUUCAACCCUCCUCAACUUUCUACCACUCUUCCAUUGGCAACUCCAGCCAGCACAAGGAACAUCUCUAAUGUUAGAGCAACACGUCGAUCCUCAGGAACCAGAGUAGUUCAGACAAAGAAGGAAGAAACUUUGCCACCAUCACUUAGUCAAAACAUUCCAACUUUCUAUUUUCCUCGAGGAUGUCCUAAGGAAAAAGUGAAUAUAGAUGCUGUGAUUGCCAAAAUUGAGAGAACUUUCUCUGAGUUUCCAAAUGAGAGGGCAACGUUAGAAGACAUGGGGAAGGUUGCAAAGGCUUGUGAAUGCCCUCUUUACUGGAAAGGUCCUUUGUUUUAUUGUGCUGGAGGUGAACGAACAGGAUAUGUGUCAGUUCAUAAAUUUGUUGCAAUGUGGCGGAAAAUACUUCAGACCUGCUAUGAUGAUGCUGCAAAGUUUGUUCAUCUUCUAAUGAACCCUGGAUGUAACUACUUGGUGCAAGAAGACUUCAUUCCUUUUUUACAAGAUGUGGUGAAUAGUCAUCCUGGCCUAUCAUUUUUAAAAGAAGCAUCUGAAUUUCAUUCUCGGUACAUUACCACAGUUAUACAGAGAAUAUUUUAUACAGUAAAUAGGUCCUGGUCUGGGAAAAUAACUUGUAAUGAGCUCAGGAAAAGCAACUUUUUGCAGAAUGUGGCAUUAUUGGAAGAGGAAGCUGAUAUUAACCAGCUGACAGAGUACUUCUCAUAUGAACAUUUUUAUGUUAUCUAUUGCAAAUUUUGGGAGCUGGAUACAGACCAUGACCUCUAUAUUGAUCGGAAGGAUUUAGCUCGACAUAAUGAUCAUGCAAUAUCAAACAGGAUGAUAGAGAGGAUCUUCUCAGGAGCAGUAACAAGAGGUAGGAAAGCACAAAAAGAUGGAAAAAUUAGCUAUGCUGACUUUGUCUGGUUUUUGAUAUCUGAAGAGGACAAGAAGACACCAACUAGCAUUGAAUACUGGUUUCGUUGCAUGGAUCUUGAUGGAGAUGGUGCUUUGUCUAUGUAUGAACUGGAGUACUUUUAUGAAGAACAGUGCCAAAAAUUAGAUAACAUGGCCAUAGAACCUUUGCCAUUUGAAGACUGUUUAUGCCAGAUGCUGGAUCUUGUGAAGCCACAAUAUGAAGGAAAAAUUACUCUGCAUGAUUUAAAGCGAUGUAAGUUGACAAAUGUGUUUUUUGAUACUUUUUUCAACAUUGAGAAAUACCUUGACCAUGAACAGAAGGAUCAGUUUUCAAUGUUGCGGGAUGGUGAAGGUGAAAGCCAAGAGAUCUCUGACUGGGAGAGGUAUGCUGCUGAGGAGUAUGAUAUCUUGGUAGCAGAAGAGGCAGCAAGUGACCAGUGGAAUGACGGGUGUAGUUUGUUCUGCCUAAUUCAGCAUAAUUUCGCCUUUCUUGAGAGGAACUGGAAGGGUUUCUGUCAAGCGCUGAAGUCUUGCAUGUAUGAAGCAGAACUGAAUCCUGUAGACCAUCAGAAGGCCAACGUCCUAAAGUAUCAAAUGGAAAAAAGACCAUUUUUUGAAAUGCCUUCCCAUCUGGCUGAUGUAGACUUGGAUGAAUACGACUACGAAGAGGACUUUGAGUAGUGGCGCCUUCUGGUCAGCACUUGGGGGAAGAGAAGGGACAGUCUGCAGCAGGUCUGCUACACACCGAUACGUUUCAGUGGGGUUUGUUUCCAGGAAGUCAGCUUAGUUUUGUGCUAAAAAUAUUUAAUCGCUAUACUACCUUUUAAAUAAAAGAAGCGCAUUUGUAUGGAAUGACAAAACUUUUUGUAUUUAUUCAAUAGUCUAUAGUUUGUAAAAUAGAUUAAAAUAUUUAUUUACAGAUGUUGCAUAAUUCCUUUUUGGAAGAAUAACAAUAUUUGACUUUAGAGAAAAGUAAUCUACUGGUGGGUUGUUUGGUUUUUUUAAGAGAACUGUGCAAUUCUCUCUAAGUUGAUGUGUGGUGCACUGACCAUCUCCGUCCCAUACGUGAAGGUGUUGCCAGGUGUUCCUGGCCCAGUAUGGGAGGUAAGGAGACAAUUUAUACCUGGCCUGCGAUGCUUCUAUGCUCAUAGCCAGCCCUAGGGGUUUUUAUGCCUCGGCAAGGACGAGAAUGACGCUGAGCGCGUGAUUCAGCUCCCACUUACAAGUAGAGUUUCAUUUGACAAGCUGAGCGUGUUAGUGCACGAGGGAAAACAAACGCCUGAGACAAGUUGCUUCUCUUCUCUGUGUAGUCCUUGUUUGCCCCGACUUUAAUUUUGCUUGCCCUUUUAAACUUCGGUCUUUUCAUCGUGGUUCAUUAUAAAAUGAUUAUUUAAUAACGAAGUCUGGUUUAGUGUUCAUACUUGAUCCAAAAUGAGUGUGUUAAUUCAUGUAGAAGGAACCAAUUUAAUUUUUUUUUAAAUCCUUUGUAUAAAUGUUACUUGAUCAGUGAUGUGCACUAAUUUGUUGUGGGCAUUCAGUGCUUUUGUGUGUGUCCCCUUCCCCUUCAGUUGUUUGCUAUUGACACAUUCCAUGGAUAUUCAUCAGUGUCACAGCAGCUUGGAAUUGUUGCCUCACUCUUACUGUUAAACAGAUUUUGUUGGAGGUAAAAAAAAUGUACAAAAAGAUGUAAGUUAUUUUUUGGUUGCAGUGUAGAUCUGUUAAAAAGUUUUAAAAUCAUGUUUGUAUUUUCAAAUAAAGAUUUUCAUACAUGUUA